AUGAUCCGAGUGCGGAUCGGUUUUCACAAAGCUGCAGGCACGUAUUCAUUUCACGGCCAGAUAAACGUGCGUGUCAAAUCGUUUUCUUCUCACUUUUUCCCUUCUUCUCUUAUUCAAAAUUUAUUUAUUUCCUCCUCUCUUUCUUGUCUUCUCUUUCUUUUUUACUUCUUCAGUCCUUCUCUUUCUUUUUUUUUAAUACGUUUAUUUCUCUUUUCUUCCGUCAUUUCCGUCCCUUUAUUUAGAAAAAAUGUCGCUCACUUCUUUCUUUCUUCUUUUACUUCCAUUUAUAUAUUUUUUUUAAUUUGCUUGUAUCUUUUUCUCUUUAGUAUUUCGUUAAUUUCGCCUCUCUUUCUUUUUUCUUUCUUUCUUUAUUUCUUUCUUUCCUUUUUUCUUUCUUUCUUUAUUUCUUUCUUUCUUUCCUUUUUUUCUUUCUUUCAUUCUUUUUCCUUCAUUCGCUUUCUUUCUCUCUUUCUUUUUUUAUAUUUCUCCUCUUUCUGCAUUUGCUUCUUUUUUUUAGUGUCGGUAAUUUCGCCUCCAUUUUUUUCUUUCUUUCUUUCUUUCUUUCUUUCUUUCUUUCUAUUUCUUUCUAUUUCUUUCUUCCUUUCUUUAUUAUUUUCUUUCUUUCUUUCUUUCUUUCUUUCUUUCUUUCUUUGCAUUUUUUCUUUUUUAAAUUUGUUUUUUAAUUUUAUUUUCUUUCUUUUUUAUUCAUUGUCUGUUUUAAAUUUCUUUCCCUUGUCUUUCUUCCUUUCCCUCCCUUAA